AUGUCUCCAGAAGACCAGGAGAGCUCACUGACGGAGGUGGAGGGACAGGAGGAGACGGAGCAGGAAGAGACGGAGCGGGGGGAGACGGAGCAGGAGGAGACGGAGCAGGAGGAGGCGGAGCAGGAGUCAGGAGAGCAGGUCUCGGGAGAGCAGGAGUCGGCAGAGCAGGCUUCAGGAGAGCAGGAGUCAGGAGACCAAGAGUCGGGGGAGCAGGAGUCCGGCGCCGCUGACGACGAGACGACGGAGGGCGGCCCGUCCUCGGGGUCGACCAGCCAGGAGUCACCGGCCGUCGAGGACGACGAGCCGAGGAUGCCUCGCGGCUCGUUCGUGCCGCGACACUUCGAUUUCGUCGAGGACACGGAGACGUCGGCGGACGAGGGCACCAGCAGCGUGGAGGCCACCGAGGCCGAGGAGCCGGCGCCGCCCGCCGGCGACAUCAGCCGCAAGCUCAGCCAGGAGAUGCAGCAGAUGCGCGAGACCAAGCCCGAACCCGAGGAGGCGAGCAAGCCUGUCGAGAAGCCCAAGCCACCACCGCCAGCCGCGGUAAGAUCUCUCAGCACUGUUAGUUAG